AUGAGGCCCAUACAACUUCCGGAGCCGCCCAGUCCCAAACUGGGCACGCCGGAAAUCUUCGAAGGUGGCGUAUACGGCGUCGUUAGGCGCGCCGUUGUGAUUGGCAACGGCUUCCCGGGUUCGGAGAAUCAGAGCAUCGGCUUGGUUCGUGCUCUCGGCCUCGCUGAUAAGCAUGUGUUAUAUCGGGUUACAAGGCCAAAAGGAGGAAUCAAUGAAUGGCUUCACUGGCUCCCGGUUUCUCUUCACAAGAAGUUAGAUUACAUCAUAAGGCAGAUCUGUGUUUUAUUGAUAUAUCGAGGGCAGAAAACUUUGCCUUUACCUACAGAAAAUGGUGGAAGUGCGGGCUUGAAAUGUGUUUUAGAAGCUGAUGUCCAGCAGAUUGUGACAAUGGCUCGUCAGACUUUUGAAAAGGAUGGACCUAUAUUGGUGGUAGCUUCGGGCAGGGAUACCAUUUCUGUUGCAAGUUCUAUUAAACGACUAGCAUCGGAUAAUGUUUUUGUUGUUCAGAUACAACAUCCCAGGUUGCAUCUAAAUAGGUUUGACUUGGUGAUUACCCCUAAACACGAUUAUUAUCCUUUGACUCCUGAAGCACAAAAGCAGGUUCCUCAAUUUAUUCAUAGGUGGUUAACUCCUCGUGAACCUCCUGACAGCCAUGUGGUCCUCACUACUGGAGCUUUACAUCAAAUUGACGCUACUGCACUUCGAAACGCAGCUAGUGCAUGGCGUGAUGAGUUUGCAACUCUUCCAAAGCCCAUACUUGUGGUGAACAUUGGUGGCCCUACAGGAAAUUGUCGUUAUGGUGCUGACCUUGCAAAGCAAUUGACAACGAAUCUGCAUAUUGUUCUUGCAAGCUGUGGAAGCAUCAGAAUAUGUUUCUCUAAUAGGACGCCUGAAAAAGUAUCUAAUGUCAUAACAAAAGAGCUUGGAGAUAACCCAAAAGUUUACAUCUGGGAUGGUCAAGCCUGGGCCGAUGCUUUUGUUGUCACUGCAGAUUCUGUCAGUAUGAUAAGUGAGGUUUGCAGCACUGGGAAGCCUGCCUAUAUUAUGGGAGCUGAGCGUUGUACAUGGAAGUUGUCAGAGUUCCAUAAAUCACUCAAAGAGAGAGGAGUAGUUCGACCAUUUACAGGUUCUGAGAAUAUUUCAGAGAGCUGGAGUUACCCUCCACUUAAUGACACCGCAGAAGCAGCGAGUCGAGUGCAUAAAGCACUUGCUGAGCGUGGAUGGAGAUUGCGGCCAUAG